AGCCGCGGCACCCACGCACGUGGAAACCCGGGGCUGCCGUAUAAAAGAAAGGCCACUGCAGAGGCCCUCUUUAGCCACUUCACAGCCAGUUCGUAGCUCGGCCGCGUAGACACCCGACGCACAGUGGCCCACCUGGCAGAAGCUAUGACGAUGGUUCAGGCGCUGGCGUUGGUCGUGACUCUGGGCGCUGUCCACAGCAGCGUCGGCCAGAGAAGCAAGGCCAGAGUGCUGCUCGCAGCGAACGACUGGAAGGGCGAGGCCGUCGUGACGCAGUCCAUACGAGUGGCCUCGGACUCAAAGAAAGAAGCGGCCGUCACCAAGCGUCACGAGGCGCCCGCGUCCAAGCGGUACGCGAGCUCGUCAGAAGCCGCCAACUUCGUCCACCCGGGAGCAGUACUACGGCGGCCUGCGGCUUCGGGCGUCACGUACGUGGCUGAGCCGACCGGGGUCCAGGCGGUGUCGACGGCGGUCGCACUUAAGACGGAACCUUCGGCGGCAGCGACUGGCCAUGGUGGCGGCCACGGCGGGGGACACGGAGGAGGAUACUUCCAGUACGCUCGUGUUCCCGGCUACAACACGUACGAGUUCGGCUACCGCAAGGGCAAUCCGCACCACUUCCAGGAGCGCCACGAGACGCGCCACGGACCCCACUUUCGCACUAAGCAGCGCUGGGGAGACAAGUACGGCGGAUACGGCGAGCACUACUGGGAGUACAACCACGCGCCCAAGUAUCACUGAAUGGGAAAGAGGCCGUGCAAUGGCUGUCAUUUCACACCAGCCAGCGUUUU